AGCGCGGCGCUCGCCUUGCUGCUGUGCACUGCAGCAGCUUGGCAGAGGCCGGCAGCGCGCGGCAUCACGCCAAGGGUCCGCAACGCAGCGCGAGCCAUCGACCAGCAUGGCGCCAAGCCGCGUCGCACCGCGCUGCGAGCCACCGACACGGACGAGGAAGCACCCGCAAAGCCGCAAGCGCAAUCGUUCAUGGACAGUAUGCAAUCCUUCUUCAAGCCCAAGCCCGCCGUCAACACGACGGCGGCGGCGCAAAAGGCCAAGGCCGACGCCGAAAGCCAGGGCGACGACGCCGACGUCAGCGAGGAGCAGCGUAGAGUAGCAGAAGCCGUGGUCGAAUCGGCCUUCGUCGAAGCCUCGGAAACGGACGACGCUGGACGAACGCAAACAUUACAAAAAGAAGCUCUAGACGACGACGUCCUCAAGGCCUUUGGUAUUGAGUUAGAAGGGGAGUACAAGAGUGAAACACUGAGGACCAUCUCCGAGGUCGCCGUGAAGGCGAAGAUCGCCCUGGAGGGCGCCCAGGUCCGAUUUGAGACGGAGUUAGAGAGAUCUAAGGCCGUGGUCUUGGCGUUGGUCGAAUACGCGAAACGAAAGAUAAAAUACGAGUCGUCGCGUCUGUUAACGGCGGCCGAGGACGUUUUGAAAGCAAACGUGUCCCUCACGGACGCGGCCCUUCUGCUGAGCGAGGGCAUCAACCCCUUUGAUGCGGGGUUGCUGAAGACCUUGGCACCUCCCGACGAGACGCCCGAGAACCUCCAAUUAAGGGCCGCCGACGCGCGCCGACGCAAGGAGCAGUCCCGGAAGAUCCUGCCGACCAAGGCCGCCUCGUCGUUGCAGGACGUCGCGUAUGAGGCUCGACGCGAGCUCACGGAGCGGCGGCCCGGCGCUCGUAUUGAAGAGAAAUUGCCGGGCAUAGGACCCGCUCUCGACAAGCUCGCCCCCAAGAGGCUGGAGCAAGCGCCGAUGAAUGCGCUGCCCGAGCCCGAGGAGGUCGUCGCAUUGCCGGAGCCUGAACCGGAGCCGGAGCCUGAACCUGAGAAGCCGCGCGAGCGCAACCUAAGGCCCGGCGUCGCUAGAGCAGUAGACGCCGCGGCCGACGCCGUACAAAGUUGUCUAGACGCCUGGAACCUCAUCGACGACUCGCGGGCGAACCAGCUGCGCUACCAGUUGGACGCGGUGGCCACGUUCCUCGCCGAUGAUAGUUUAACCUUCUCCGAGAAUUUUAUGGCCGAUGGCAGUGAUGUGUUGCGGAAUCGGCGGUUAGCCUCGGCCGGCGCCUUCGCUGAUGUCGUGUCGAUAGUGACGCCCGAGGCGGCCGCAACUUUUGCCGACGCGCUGCGCGAGGUCUUGGCGCUCGAGGAACUUCUCAAGAGGGAGGCGGCGUUGGACGCGGCUUUAGCCGAGGCCGGUGUCUCUCGGGAAGAACGGCCUUUGUCGGCCGAAGAUAAAGAGUUACUUGCCGAGCGCCAGGCGGACGAAGACGCUCUACAGGCGGCGGCGGAAGCGAAAAAGGCUGCGGAAGAGGAGGCUCUGCGGCUGGAAGAAGAGGCUAGGGCAGAGGAGGCUGAGCGUCGCCGAAAGGCCGACGCGGAAGCCGCGGCCGAGGUCGAACAACGGCGCGCGGAGGAGGCGGCGCGGCGCCAGGCGGAGGCCGCCGCGGCGCUGGAACGAGCGGCCCAGGAGAAGGCCGCGCGUUUACAGAAGGAGGAGGCCGAGCGCGCACAACGAGAGGCGGAGAAGCUUGCUAGAGCGGAAUCGGAGGUCGCCGACGUCGUCGCGGCCGAGGUCGCCGCCGCCGAGGCGGAGGUGGCGGCGGCGCGGGCCGAGGUCGAGGCGGCUAGAAAAGCGGUCGCCGACGAAGCCGACGAGGCGGUGGAGCCGGCGGUCGUCGCGCCGGAGCCCGAAGCGGCGCCUUCAGUCGUCGAGCCGGCGUCGGAGCCUGACCCCGAGCCCGAGACUCUGAGCCUCGACGCUAUUCUGGAAAUGACCGCGGACGACGACGACGAGGAGGAGAUCGCGGCCGAGGUUGUGGUAGAAGAGGUCGAGGUCCUCGACACGACGCCUUUCGAAGUCGAGGUCGAGGAAGAGGAGGCGGAGGCCGUGGUCGACGAUACUGUGGUAGACGACGCUGGCAGCGUCAUCAACGGCACGGCCGCCUCGAAGCUCGACAGCGAGGGCGACGCCAUCGCCGUCGAGUCCGAGAGUGAGGCAAUUGCCGAGAACGCGACGGCCGGCGACGUCAUCUUGCGGGUUUUGGAUCUUGUACUAUUACUCUCGGAGCGGUUCUUCGGGAGCUUUCUGCCGGACUUUGUCGAGAUUGUGGCGGGUGCGGCAGAAAACGCGCAGAAGGCGCUGGCCGACCCGCUCGCCGAAUCAAAAUCGACGUCGCUGCUCGGCGGCGUCAAAUCAACACUCCCAGAUGAAGAAGAGGAGGCCGGGCGGCAACGCAACGUGCCGAAGCUCGACGCUCCAACAAAUCCCGACGACCCGCUGUCAGGCCUGUGGAGCGAGGGGGGCGACGAUGAUAAGCCUAGUUAGCAUCUCUCC